UCACUCUGCCUAGAAUGGAACCUGUUGCGUCAUAUCCCUAGUCCCUCAGUCUAAGACCCAGGAGGUGGAGGGUCCACUUAAAAACCUAGCACGCUCUCCUCUGCCCUCGCAGUUUCCUUCCUGGAUUACAGCAGUGGACAGACCCUGGGAGGGCCCUUGCUUCUCUCUCCUCUCCUCUCCUCCUUUCUUCUCUCCUCUCACUCACUCUCGCUCUUUCUCUCUCUCGGCCGCACUCAAGAGCGAUGUGCUCCUUCGGUUUCGCCCGGUCCAUGGGCUUUGCGCUCAUCCCCUUGGCGAUCUGCUGCAUUGUGGCCAACGUUCUGCUGUUUUUCCCCGGUGGGGCCCUCAACUACGUGGAGGAUGACCAUGUCUCCCUCUACCCGUGGCUCUUCAUGGGUGUCGGUGGAGGAGGUGUUGCGGUCUUCCUGCCUGCAGCUGUAUUCCUGAGCAUGGGGAAAUGUGCUGCCAGCUGUGUCACGGAAAGUUGUGCUAUGUGCGGCUCAGUGCUGGCCUCGCUCGUUGGAUUGGCCGGCUCGGGAUAUUGCUUUGUCGUGUCGGCCUUGGCUUUGCUUAAAGGCCCCUACUGCUUCACCAGCCUGGGAUGGUCAUACCCCUUUGAGAAAGACUCUGGAAGCUACUUGCUCAACAGGGAUACGUGGGCUGUGUGCAUCCAGCCUGCGAACAUUGUGGAAUGGGACGUCACUCUGCUGUCUGUCCUGCUGGGUCUUAGUGUCCUGGAGUUCAUCAUCUUGUUUCUGCAGCUGGUGAACGGGGUGGUGAACGCUGUGUGCCGACCCUGUUGCUACAAGCAAGAGUACAGCCUCAACGCCUGAGCAAAGGCCUGAGCUCAAAUCCACUGCCCUCUCAGCCAGCCGUUGUCUCCGAGGACGUGGAGGCCAGGGGGAUCCAUACGAUUUAAUGAGCCACUCUUCUCUGGUUCUCAGAGUUCUCAUGUAAGCUUGUGACCCAUAGCUCUUAUCCCAGCUGUUUCUUGGACAUUUGGAUCCCCCCUACCCCCCAACGCAGAUGAACUUGCCGACAUCAAGGCUAAAUGCAAAUGAGAUGUAUAUGGAUGACUUCUCAAUAAUUAUCAGCCUCUUAGACAGGCAUCCCCUUCCGGUUUGAGAGGGGGGUUAUUUUUUCAGUAUUCACUCCAAUUCAUCUUAUUAGGAACUAAUGUAGAUGUCUUUCUGGUGAAUUUCAUGGAGAUGCUGUUUUUCCCCCAAGACAAACUGAAGCAUAUUUAUCUUGUGAUAUCCACAGAUCAUUUUAUCCACGCACGUCUUUUUUGUAAGAUAUUCUGUUUGUUUUGUAUUCUUGUUUCUCAUUUUUAAAAGUCAAAAAAAUGUAUUGUAACUUAUUUUUUAAAUUUUGAUGUUAGAUAUCAUGUUGAAAUGUACAAUAUUUUUAUAAUGUUUAUGCUGUCCAAUUAAAUAAAUAUUUUCAAUCUUUACAUACAA